ACGUGUUCACUAUAACAAAAUAAAAACACACUCACCCGGACAAGAGCGGAGGACAAAGAUGCUCUCGGCCUCGGUUAACAUGAUUCAUUUGGGCGACCGGAGAGUUUGGUCAAUGUGACAUUGCUUGAGCUUUGUGUUCUGGUCCCGGACGCAGACCAUCGAUCGUGCAUUUGAGAAGAUGUUGAGUCGGCUGAUGAGUGCCAGCGUCAGAAACCUUGAGAGAGAAUACAUGUGUACCGUCAGACUGCUGGAUGAUACGGAGUAUACCUGCACCAUUCAGAGGGAUGCCAAAGGCCAGUAUUUAUUUGACCUCAUCUGCCACCAUCUAAACCUGCUGGAGAAGGACUAUUUUGGCAUUAGAUAUGUGGAUCCAGAUAAGCAACGGCACUGGCUGGAGGUUACCAAGUCAAUUUCUAAGCAGAUGAAAUCACAGCCUCCGUUCACCAUGUGUCUGCGAGUAAAGUUCUACCCACCAGAUCCUGCUGCUCUAAAGGAGGAGAUCACCAGGUAUCUUGUCUUCCUGCAGAUCAAGAGAGAUCUAUACCAUGGUCGUCUCCUUUGCAAAACCUCUGACGCGGCCAUGUUGGCGGCUUACAUCUUACAAGCUGAGAUAGGAGACUAUGACCCAGGAAAGCAUCCAGAGGGCUACAGCUCCAAGUUCCAGUUCUUCCCCAAGCACUCAGAGAAGCUGGAGCGAAGGAUUGCAGAGAUUCACAAGACAGAGUUAAUAGGUCAGACUCCAGAAACAGCAGAACUGAAGUUCCUGCAGAAAGCACAAAUGCUUGAAACAUACGGUGUGGAUCCUCAUCCGUGCAAGGAUGUUUCUGGGAACCCAGCUUUCCUUGCCUUCACUCCGUUCGGUUUUGUUGUGCUUCAAGGGAACAAGAGAGUCCAUUUCCUCAAAUGGAACGAGGUGACCAAACUGAAGUUUGAGGGAAAGACAUUCCAUAUAUAUGCAAAUCAGAAGGAGGACAAAAAGAUCAUCUUGACAUACUUUGCACCAACACCAGAGGCCUGCAAGCACCUUUGGAAAUGCGGUGUUGAAAAUCAAGCCUUCUACAAGUUGGAGAAGUCGAGCCAGGUUCGCACGGUGUCCAGCAGUAACCUGUUCUUCAAGGGCAGUCGUUUCCGCUACAGUGGAAGAGUAGCCAAAGAGGUCAUGGAGCAUAGUGCAAAAAUUAAACGGGAACCUCCAGAAAUACACAGAGCUGGCCUAGUGCCUAGCAGAAGCUGUCCGUCCAUCACUCACGGGCCGCGACUGAGCAGUGUACCGCGCACCCGCCGGAGAGCCGUACACAUAUCCAUCAUGGAAGGCUUAGAAUCCUUACGGGAUAGUGCACACUCCACUCCUGUGCGCUCUGUUUCCCAUGGCGAUUCCUUCCUCCCACGUUCGCGUAGUCAGGUUACGGAUUCCUGUGACAGGACAGCAGUCAUCUCGGACGAGACCUACAGUCCAUCAGACAGUGUGCUGCCAACACCAGUGGCUGAGCACAGCGUGGAGCUGGGUGUCCCACGACUGAUCAACGGCACCUGCAGCAUAGAGGAGGAGAAAGAGUCGGAGGCGGGCAUGCCCACUGUGGGCGAUGUGGCCCAGUUAGGAGCAGACAGUCGGGUGACGGCCUCCUUGAGGGGAGGUGGGGAGGCAGCACUCACCGAGGCAGAACAGGUGAAUAAGUUUGUUUUAAGUGUACUCCGUCUGCUCCUUGUGACCAUUGGACUCCUCUUUGUUUUGCUCCUCCUCCUCAUCAUCCUUACUGAGUCCGACCUUGACAUUGCAUUUUUACGUGAUAUCCGCCAGACCCCCGAGUUUGAGCAGUUCCAUUACGAAUAUUUUUGUCCCCUCAGACGGUGGUUUGCCUGCAAGCUCCGCUGGGUGGGCGGGCUGCUCAUUAACAAGUGAAAGUGGGGCAAUAAAGCACGUAAAGCCUCCCUCGUGGGGUCGAGAAGAAGCUAAACACAUGGAGAGAGAGAAAGAGAGAGAGAGAGACGGAGGGCACCGACCUGUCCCAACCAUGAACCAAGCUUCUUUUAUGAUACUCCUGCUGACUUGUGGUGGACCAUCAGUCCCACCUCUCCUCUUCUCAUCCACUUUUUCAUUUCUUUCUCCCCUUUUUCUCUUUUUGCAUUUUUACUCAUUUUUGACCUUCCUCUUUUACUUUAUUAUUAUGAUUUUUUUUUUUUUUACAAAAACUUUUCAUUACUUUAAAAAAAAUUCUGGAUUACAGGUCAUUUCAAGUAUUUUAUUUUUUCAAAAAAUAAUAAAUGAAAAAAAGAAAUAAAAAUUUACAUUUAAAGAACUGAAUUAUAUUGUUAAAUAGGGAUUAAAUAUUUAGUUGCAACAAGAGAACGUUGCUUUCAUUUAUAUUUAUUUUACAAUAAUGAUUAUUAAAGUCUCUAAGAACGUGAUGUAUUAAGUGCAGUAAGAUGGCAAGGCUUGUUGGCACAGUAUGGUAGGACUGGAAAACAGGAGAACCUGAAAAAUGGUGGAAAAUGGAGUUUAUGCAUAAUUCAUAUCCAUCAUUUAUCUCUUAGUAAUUUUCUGAAGGCUGCUAUAAUUUACCAAAUUGAUGAUCAGAUCAGAAUUGGGUUACUGUAUAUGUAUUAUAAGAUUGAGCAAGUUAUUUAAGAAGUGAGACUGGAGGCAAGUGUGAAAAAAUGUGUAAUUGAAUAAAAACGAUGGGUACUUUUGAGUUCUGUGUUCGGUGACUUGAUUUUUAAGGUGUCAAAUAUGUCUUAGAAAUAUACUAAUUGUGUAGGCGGUAGGAAGCUGUGAAGUAGAAAUAAUUUUUAAAAGGUUCUUUCUAAUGGAUACAGAAUAAUUAAUCAGUAUAAAUUGUGUUCUGUCAUGUGACCCAAUAGUGUCAAUAUCUGUUAAAGUAUUCAUGGUUGAUUUAAAAGCAACUAGCACCAAUAGAGCCUGUCUAGCUAGAUGUGCAAUACGGUAAGGUUUUGUUUUAAAGAAACAAGUACAUCCAUUUAUUGUUUUUCCUGAGGAUGUGCUUUUUUUUUUCCUUUUUUUUAAUUUCAUUCAUCCUGAGUCUUUCUAAAUUGAAAGAUGUCCCAUUGUAUAAAGAAAUAUUUUUUUUAUUCCAUAUCAACCUUGCUCUUAAGUUUUUACUAUGUGGAUACCAUGCUAUAAUUACUCUUCAUUAAAAUAACAAUGCUGUACUAUUUGUACAAAUGUAGUUAGUUUCCUAAUAUAUCGAGUUUUCCAUGUAUAUUUUAACAAAACAGAAAUGUUAUUUUGUUAUUAAAGAUUAAAUUAUACCUUUUUUAGCUCUGUGUUUCAGAUGUGGUUUAGAGUUUAUGGCGUUUCUGCCAAGGGAGACAUAAGAAAGAUUUUUAUCCAGAUCCACAACCCAUGUCCAAUUCUGUCACUUAACCAGCAAUGAGAAAACUGUAUCGAGUUCAGAUGUCCUUGUGCUUUGUAUAUUGGUAAAUGCUCUGCAUUUGAGCAAUAUUGAUUGCUUUACACUCAGUUUAGCCAAAAGGCUGUCUGUGUAUGUUUAUGUAUGUUCUUUUUUUUUUUUUUUUUUUUUUUACAAUCAGUGUUACUGGCAAUAUGAACCUGAAGUCCAGGAUUAGUCUUUACCAUAUCCUGAUUUGUCUAUGAUGUAUUUUUAAAUGUAUUUGAAGACAGAAAUGAUUCUUCUAGUGGCAUGCCAGUUGGACAGGGAUUGUUUAUUUCUGCAAAUACAACAUUGUCUGCCACUUUGAAAGUGCUAUUGUUUUUGUGUGUGUAUGGGAAAGAGAAAAACUGAGAAUACUGAACACACAAGAAAAUACUUAAUAUUUUUGUGUAGAGUGAAAGAGAGACUUUGAUUGAGAAACAAGGAACACGUAGGCAGUGAUGAUGACAGUAGUAAAGAUGUUGGAAAGGUGAUGAUGUUUUAGGGCUUACAUAGUAUUCACACUACAAUAAAUUACAAUAAUCGUCACAGCAGCUUUUGCCUUUAGCAUUAGUUUUUGGCAGCUCACACAGCUUGGUUGUACUCUUCUGGUAUGCUUAUUUAAAAUUAGCAUACCUCUUUCCACCAAAUGCAACAAAUGAUUAGUUACCUUCUUAGAAUUUACCACAGAGUUAAUCUGCAAUCAGCAGUGGCUGAAAUGUGUUUUAGGAAGGGGCUGUGUUUAGCCAGACUGCAAUACUGCUAAUCAGCCAGCUAAUGUGUUUGAUUAGUAUUUGAUAGCCUGUUUCAGCUGAAACAAACACGAAAUGCAUGGAACACUGUUGCAACGAAUUGUAUGAAACCUCUUACUCAUGGAAAACAUGGAUAAGGUGUAGUUAAGUUCUUGGAAUGAAUUCGAGAGGUAUUAGAGUUAUGCAUGUCUCUUAAUUUGAUUUAUUCAUGUAUGCAUUUUUAAUAUCUCUGAUGUUCCAAAUUAUUAAUAGCAUUGUGGUAGCUUAGGUCCAUUUACAUUUUUUGGAGAACAUGAUUAUAGGGUUGUUUUCAUUGUACAAUAAGACAACAGUUGCUACUAGCAUACCAUUGAGGUUGUUGGUUUAGAAAAUCCCAGAUAUUUAUGACUUUCUUUCUUCUGCUGAACACAGACAAAGAUUUUAAAAUAAUAUUUCAGUUCUGUAGG